CGUAGUGCAGGAUGCAAACGAAGAGUCUGCCUUCUGCUUUCCCAUUGGCUGUCUGAUCGGGCUACGCUUUCAGCCAAUCAAACUACUUCCCUUCACCCCUCCCGAUAGCGCUUAUAAAUGACAUCAAAUGGGUUAUCCUUUCCACAGCUUUCUCAUCGAAAAAGAAGCUGGAACUACAUUCCUAUCUACAAUGUCAGGACGCGGAAAACAAGGAGGCAAGGCUCGCGCCAAAGCCAAGUCGCGCUCGUCCCGUGCCGGCCUUCAGUUCCCGGUGGGUCGAGUCCACCGUCUGCUCCGCAAAGGCAACUAUGCCGAGCGGGUGGGGGCCGGCGCGCCGGUCUACAUGGCGGCGGUGCUCGAGUACCUGACGGCGGAAAUCCUGGAGCUGGCGGGCAACGCGGCCCGCGACAACAAGAAGACGCGCAUCAUUCCUCGCCAUUUGCAACUGGCCGUGAGAAAUGACGAAGAGCUGAACAAGUUACUCGGGGGUGUCACCAUUGCCCAGGGCGGCGUCUUGCCAAAUAUCCAGGCUGUCUUGUUGCCUAAGAAAACGGAGACUCACAAACCUGGCAAAAAUAAGUAAUUAGGAAGCUCGAUCCCAUUCCCAACCACCCCAAAGGCUCUUUUAAG